UCACAGUGCUUAGUUAUAAAAAUAAAUUUUCUGGCUAAAAGUGUGGUAGCACCAUAGAAAACAUAUGAUCUUGACAUUACAGUUUUACAAUUUAUGUUUUUAUUUCAUAUCACAAUUGGUAAAAAUUUCAAUUGAAAUGGCGACGAAAAAGAUUAAUUUCAGUGAAAACGACGUAAAUUUAUUACUUUCUAUAAUAGAAACACAUAAAAAUGUGAUAGAGUGCAAAAAAAGCGAUACUUUUACGGUAGAUGCGAAAAAUAAAGCUUGGUUCAAAAUUCAGGAGGAAUAUAACAGCAGAACCUCUUCUUCAUUUCGCGAUGAAAAAAUGCUGCGUACCAAAUAUUACAACAUGAAAAAGGAAUUGAAGAAAAAGGUAGCAGCCGAAAAAAGAAGUUGCAUAGCCACAGGAGGAGGGCCGCCAUUGAAAAUUAGCACCAAUGAUAUUGAUGUAAUGUUAACAUCAAUAAUAGGCUCGGAGCAGUUAGAAGGAAUGGAAUCUGUAUACGAUUCCGAUAAUCCUUUUGUGCGAAACAAAACGGAGGAUGUUAUCGUUAGCAUUGAUAAGGCAGCAAAUAACAUCAGUGCUAUGCAAUCUCAGGAUGGGAGCGAGGAAUUUGAAGACAUCAUGAACACAUCCAACACAGCUACUACUUCGAAAAAUUGGAGUACAUACACGCCUGCAGAUUUAAAAGCUCCUAAGUCUAAAAAACUUAUAAUCGACGAAUCGCAAAGAAAAGAGAAAAAUACGAGUACAUCAUGGUCGAAGCUGGCCGCUGUUAAAUCAAAAUGGACUGGAGAAAAAUGCCGCGUAGAGAUUGAAAUAUUAAAAGCUGAACAUGAAAAGCGAGUAAAGAUGUACGAGCAACAUAUAAAGCAAUCUGAAGUGGAACACAAAAUGCGUAUGAGAAUUAUGGAAGAGCAAUUAAAAGAAAUUCAAAGGCGCAAUCUUGUAUAUACAAAUGUAAAUCAAUUGUAAAAAAACAGUACAAGCACAAA